AUGUACUACGGUCACAAUCUCUUCACCAGCUCGUUUUCCUGGCUCGCUCCCGGUGGCAAACAGAAUGCUCCAGCUCCGCUCGCACGAACGCACCACGAUCUCAUCCAUGGCAUCCCUCCGGGCACGAUCUUCUGGAACUCUUCGACCCAGCAGCCUGCGGCGGAAACGCCAGAGGACCUCUUCCUGUCAAAGGCCUUCUCGAACUCGAUGCGCCCAAGCAAGAUUAUCCCGUACUUCUAUCGCGCUACGAACAGACCGGCUGCGAACGACAUAACAAUGACCACGCUCAUAACCUCGAACCGAUUCCACGUCUUCUCGCGCUUGGUCGAGCGGUACCAAGGCCCCAUCUCCGUCGCAAUCCACGUCAAGAAUGUCACCAGCCAUGUCGACGACCUCCUCGCCUCCCUGCACACGCUCUACGCCUCCUCCCCGCUCAUGGCCGCGCACGUAGACGUGCACCUCAUCGUCGACGUCUUCGACCGCCAAUUCAACACCUGGCGUAACGUCGCGCGCUUUUUCGCGCGCACUGACUAUGUGAUGAUGCUUGAUAUCGACUUCUCGCUCUGCACGGAUUUUAGGCGGGUGAUUAGGGAGAGUGCUGACCUGAGAGGGAGGUUGGACGAGGGUGUGGCUUUUGUGAUUACGGCGUUUGAGUAUACGAAUCUGGAGGAGGGGACGAACCAGGAGGUGUUUCCGAGGACGAAGGAGGAUCUGCUGGACCUGGUGAACGUCGGACGCAUCGGGAUGUUCCAUGCGUCCUGGCAACCCGGCCACAAUAGCACCGAAUAUGCGAAGUACUACGGCGCCGCUCCGGGCGAGGUGUACGAAGUGACACGGUAUCAGCCGGCGUACGAGCCGUACAUCGUCAUGAAGAAAGACGGGCCACCUUGGUGCGACGAGCGCUUCAUCGGCUACGGGGGAAACAAGGCCGCAUGCCUCUUCGAGAUCUACCUCUCGGGUAUCUCCUUCCAGGUUCUCGCGGACCACUUCAUCAUCCACCAGAAUCAUCAGUACGAAGAGACGAUCCGGAAGAAUGAGCGCAAGCACAAUCGCAAACUCUACUCCGAGUUCAAGGAAGAGACGUGCUUGAAGUACCUCAAGACCUAUGCGGAUGCGGGUCUUCUGAACACGCCACUUGGGAGGAAUGCGCGGGAGGAGUGCGUGAAGAUUAAGGGAGUGGCGAAGAUUGCAAGGCAGGUGAGUGGCGGGCCGCUUGGUCUGUCAAUCAGUCUUCCAAGGGGAGGGAGAGGCGGUGGUGGGGAGUGCAUUUCGUCGGCCACUGACUCCGCCAUGGAUAUUGGGGCUCUGGCUGGGAUUGAAGCCUCGCUGACUCAAACUUGA